AUUGACAUUCGCGUUGGAACUGUGUGAAUCUGUCAUUGAAUAUUAUCAAAAUAUCAAAUGAAAUUAUAAUAUCACUAAAAUAGGCCCCGAACAAUCCCAUAUGUUUACAAUUAAACACCAAAACUCAAUAAAACAACUGAACAAAUUGCUGCCCACGUAAAAAUCUACAGAGAAGUGUAGGAAUUACGGAUUAAAGAGUGAAAAAUUGUGUUAAAGAUGUCGAAAAUUAAGAAGCUUACAGGCUCAUUUCGCUAUACACAAUGGGAUCCUUGCUUGAUUAUCUCGCAAAUAGUGGCUAUGCAGUCUGUUUUGUACUGCUCCUUAUGUCUCAUUGUUGCUCUUAUGCAAGAUUUGACGGGAUCCACAAGAACGCUUGAUCAUAUCUUUGAAUAUCAUGAGAUCCACGUAAGAGACAAUGAGGGUCGUUCGGUCAUAUUUGCAUUUGUGUUGAAUGCAAUUAUUGGAGCCUUCGUACUGUGGAUGGUUGUCGGCAGAACUAAACUGUGCUUGGACUUUAGUUGCACAUACCACGGGCUACACCUCAUCGCUUGCUGGCUAUACAACGGUUCGUUCCCAACCACUUUCUCCUGGUGGGCGCUCAGCGUAGCCUGUGCCUGCAUCACCUGCGUAGCCGGAGAGUUCCUCUGUCUCCGGACAGAACUCCAGGCCAUCCCGCUCAGUAAUAUUGGAGCUAAAGUGGAUUUAUGAAACUUGGGGAGUAAAUUACCCUUCGAUUUACUGAUCGGACACUCUAUGUAAUUUGAAAGUGAGAGUUUAAGAUGUUGGUUAUUUUUUUGGUGUAUAUGUAAUGUUUAUGUAUUAGCAGAACAAUUUUUUAAUAACUCUAUCGACUGAUUUACUGCUGUAUUUAUAGUUAUCGGCACGGAUAUUGAGCCCUGACCUUCACCUGCGCAGAAGCGAUUUAUUGGUUUAUUGCCUUAUGUGUACAGUGCGCAAAGCGAUACCGACUCUUUCGCCGAGAGCUCAAUAUCCGUGCCGAUAGCUAUACUUCUGUUUAUUGCAAUGGUAAAAGCACAGCAAAAAACAGUGAUUUAUACAGUGGUUAAUUUAAUGUGGUCUUAAAGAUAUAAAGACAUAACUACGUUUUAUUAAUACAUAAAUGUUACAAAAGGAGGAUAGGUAUUAAAUCAACUGCUUGUAAAUUCCCUGCAAAUACACUUCUGGACACAUCUAUAGGCCCACCUUGUAUUUUCAGUUUCGUUUGGUCCUAGCUAAUUUUUUAUAUUAGGUCGAGCAAAAGGUUUGUAUGCAGUUUUCAACCUUGUCCAUUCACAAUUUCAUUCAAUAGUCUUUUUUUGAAUUUCGAAUACAGAAUUUAAAGAAAUAAGAGACAAUUUGGAGCCUGCUUGUUGAUAUCAAACAGUCGAUUACUAAGAAAACUUGGUUUUAUUGGUUUACUUGGACUUAAUUCUUGAAAAAGUGAUUGAUAUCUUUGGUUUUGCAACAAACAUUACUUAUUCUUUACAUUAAGGUGAGGUUCUCUCAAUAAUCUAUGGAUACUUCACGUGAAGUCCCCGCCCAAGCUGUGGCACUUAUUCAGGCCGGACGCAGCCAAAGAAACGUGAGUGCUCAACUUAAUUUAAGUCGAUCUGCGGUCUGAAAUGUUUAUCGGAGGUACCUAGAGACUGGCGGCUUUGUUCGUCGCCAAGGAAGGCCACGAUCUCGGGUCACAACUGAAAGGCAGGAGCGAUUCAUCGUGAUGACCAGCUUGAGAAAUCGUCACCUUACCUCCAUUGAGACACAAAAACAACUUCGCGACUUCCACGGAGUAUCUGUGAGUGCUCGAACUGUUCGGAGAAGGUUAAAAAAACACGAUAUGGUACCACACAAGCCAGCUAAUGGGCCCAAACUAACGCGAACCCACCGAACAGCGCGCCUUCAUUUCGCACGCAGUCAUUUAAAUUGGACACAGCAAGAUUGGAGCCGUGUUCUCUUUUCUGAUGAGUCCAAAAUUGUGUUUCAUGGCAAUGAUGGAAGGAAGAAGGUCUACCGACGUAAGGGAGAGCGUUUCGCACAAUGCUGCUUUGAAGAGAUGGUUGCUUAUGGCGGUGGCUCAAAGACUGUCUGGGGCGGUAUAUCCGCGAGCGGCAAAACUCAACUUGAGGUUGUUACAGGACCACGGCUGCCAACAUUAAACGCUGAAAGGUACAUUCGUGAGUGCUUAGGACCUCACGUGAUACCAUACGCGGACUAUGUGGGCCCAAAUUUCCUUUUUAUGCAUGAUAAUGCAAGAGCCCAUGCGGCCGGCAUUGUCAGGGAAUAUCUUCGGGAUGUGAAUAUCACAGUUAUGGACUGGCCAGCCAGAAGCCCAGACAUGAACCCCAUUGAGCACAUGUGGGACAAGCUAAAAAGACGUGUUAGGGCUCGUCAGCCAGUUGCCCAGACGAUGCAGGAGUUGAAAAUUGCCAUAGAAGAGGAAUGGGAGAUGAUCCCUCAAAACUUCAUAGAGCGGUUGAUAACUCUAUGCCUAAUCGUAUGAGAGCUGUGGUAGAUGCCCAUGGAAGCAACACACGUUAUUAAAUUAAACCUUUAUUUGAUAAAACAUGUUUUUUAUUCAAAAAUCAAUUGCCUUUAACGAGGCACAUAUCCGACUUGUUAAGCGUAGCUCCAUGUCGUAUGGUAUUCCAAAUUCAAAUUUAAAACAAUACGAUCGAAAAAGAAGGUAAAAUGUAUCAGGUUUAAAACUGCAUCAUCAGUUUUUUUCAAUCUAGCAAUCAUAUUUCGGUAGGGGCCAUCGAAACCAAAACUCUAAGGUGGGCCAAUAGAUGUGUCCAGAAGUGUAUAUGGUUUAUAGUCAUCAGCACGAAUCUUGAGCUCUGACCUACAUCAGAAGUAAUUUAUUGGGUCCCUUUUGUGGUAUGAAGUGAGGCGCGGGGGCGGGCUAAAGCGGUGAUUGGCCCGCAGCGCAUCGCGUCAUAGCCGUCACUCGGGAUUGGUUCUUUGCUAAUAAAUCACUUCUGCGCAGGUGUAGGUCAGAGCUCAAGAUUCGUUUCGAUAACUAUAACUAGUUGAAACUUCGUUUUAGCCAAUACUGUGACUUCAAGAGACUUAAUGGGUGACCAAAGUCCCUUAACGCUCGUAGAAAUUUUAAAUGGAUGUUUUACCAACCUAUCAGUAAAACU